AUGCUAACAGACUAGCUUAUAGCCAGUGAGUGUCAAGUCAACAACAAACUAAGUAGCAAGCGUGUCUUUCUUGCGUUUUAACACACAGAAAGACACUGGACACGUUUUGUCUGUUUUUUUAGCUGCUUACUGAGUAAUGCAGACAGAAUACACGGAUUUGAGGUUAAUACAAAUUUAAGCAGGGCAAUAGUUUCAUUCUAGCGUUACCAGGCCUGGCUGGAUUCGCGCUUUUGCUUGCAAGACUGGACCAGUUAAUCUCGAAGAAUGGAGACUUGGGUCCGAUUUAACUCACAGAGCCAAGCGAAAGAACGGCUGUGCAGGGCUGCCCAGUAUGCAUGCACGCUUCUCGGGUACACCUUGCAGAGGGGGGGUGUUGGCACAGACCUCUUGAUGACUGUCAAACAACUGGAGUCCCACAUGAGCCUGACCAGGAAGUUAAUGCGAUUGGGAAACUCGGCCGAGGCCUUGGAGGCAGCCAAGAGGGCAGUGCACCUGUCCGACAGCAUCCUGCGGCUCUGCAUCACUGUAGCCCACCUGAACCGGGCUAUGUACUUUGCCUGUGAUAAUGUCCUCUGGGCUGGCAAGACUGGCCUGCUGCCCAAACUGGAUCAGAACAAAUGGAGCCAGAGGUCCUAUAGGUAUUACCUGUUUGCCCUCAUUCUGAACCUGACUCGUGACGCGUACGAGAUCGCCCUGCUGAUGGAGCGUGAGUCUCGUAGUUGCAGUUCGGCCAAGGCCUCCCUCUCCAGCACGCCCGUCGCGCUGACCCCUGAGAACGGCGACCUCCCCGCCACGCCGUCCUCCGCCUCCGGUUCCGCUUCGGCCUCCCCACAGCCGCCGCUGUUGCUCCCGGUGGUCCCGUCCCUCCCAGCGCUCUCCCAGCGUCUGCGGCGACAGCUCCGCCUGCUGGCCGCCGUCCUGCGUAGCAACCCGCCGCUCCUGCUGGACCUGCUGAAGAACACGUGCGACGUCUUCAUCCCGCUGGACCGCCUGGGCAUCUACACGACGGGCAACGGCUUCGUGGGCGCCUGCGGCCUGGCGUCCUCCGUCCUCUCCAUCCUCACCAUUCUCCACCCCUGGCUCAAGCUCAAGCCCUGAGCGCCGCACGUGGGCCAGACCCAGGCCAGAGCCGCGGAGCAGCUCCCAGAGCUUUGGGUAAACCUGGGUGGGGGAGGAGGAAGAGAAAGAAAGUUGAAUGGAAGUGCAGAAGUGUCAGGGAGGAGUUUUGGAGAAUUUUUUUAAAAUUAUUUUUAUUUGUUUUUAUUUUAUUUUUAUUUUUUUUGGGGGGGCACGACAUACAGUAGGUCUAAUUGAAAGUUUGAGUGUGAGAGUGUGUGUGUGUUUCCCCCCCUUCACAUCGCUCUCCCCUUGCAGCUUGGCUCACUGUCACACUGCUAGACUCCACACAAACCCUGAAAACUCUUAACUUCCCUCUUCUACUUAGCAUGUCUAAAACGCUCCUCUUCAUACAGCAAAACCAUCCCGCGCCAACCCCACGCUCUGACCACACCUCCCCUCGAAUGCCCGUAGGUGUGUGGUGGAUGCAUUUAUUCCCAGCGGGAAGAAGGUGGCCAGUGUGAUUGAGUGAGUUGACCUUACUGUAGCUGCACUUACUCUUCAUUACCAGACGCUACUCAAAGAUCUCGGGCUUUGCAAAAUUGAACUUCUCAGUCCUGCUAGUCUAACAACUAGACUUGUGUGCACAUGACAAUGAUCCAACUGAUCCAUUUAAACGGUUAACUUUAAUGGUUUGUUUGUUUGUUUGUUUGUUGGGGUGGGCACUAUGAGCCAUACUAUGUACUGUGUCACGUAGCCAUUGCUCCCAGUUGUAUAGCUUAGUUCUUAAAGGAACACGGCAAUGUUUGCCCUCCACCCCAGAGAUAUACAAGAGGAUACAUACCCUUCUCUUUUCUGCGUGUGCAAUAACCCAGUCUGACACUGUUAGCUUAGCAUAAUUCACUUUAAGUGGGUUGUUCCAGUUAGCCAAUAGUUAGCUUAUAGCUAAAAAGGAGUUAUAGGCUAACUGGAACAACCCACUUCCAGUGAAUUAUGGUAAGGUAGGCUAAUGAUAAAACUGGGUUAUUGCACAGACAGAGAAAAGAAGGAUAUGUAUCCUGGGGUAGAUAGCAAAUAAGCAAAUUUUUCAAAAAGUUGGCAUGUUCCUUUAAUGAAUGUAUCAGGGAGUUUGAGAUGGGACCCCAGAAAUUCCGUCUGUAGCUGCAACCACUUGUUUUAAGGAUGAGUGUAAGAUUGUUUGUUGAAUUACACGAUAGACUGAUCCGAAUGAUCUUUAGAUUUUUGAUUUUAGAUCUCUGGACCUGUUUGUUGGAUUACCUUUAUACAUAGUGAAAAGAUGUCAAUAUUUUAGAUGGCGCUGUUUACAUAUAUGAAUGAAGUUCUUGUUUAUGGCUUAUGAUCUCAUAUGGAUUGUUUUACGCAUUAGGUUUUCUCUGAUUUGCAGAAAAUAUUUUUGCAUGUUAGCACCGAAACGAAUGGCUUUCUCUGCAUUUGGAAGAAAUAUUGCAUUUGAAAUAUUGCUAAUUCUACUGAUCAAAAAUAAACAACAAAAAAAAGUGAUCAAGUAUGAAUGAUUGCUCAACAUAAUACUUUAUGGUUCAGCUCUUUGGUUACAUUUAUUUGUUUGUUCCACCCAGUGGGAACGUAUCUGUUUGUUUUCUCAUGGAACUGGUUCUGAACAGCUCUGCAGCAGACCCCCUUUCAGGAGAAGAUUACAGCUCAUCCUGACUGCAUGCAAGCAUCUGACUGUGGCUUAGCAUUAAGUGCUAACACUGAAUCUGUGCUUUUCUAUUGUCAUAUUUCAAUAAUUUGCCAUUAAAAUUAGCAACACGGACCACGAGUGACAGAAAGAAAAUAGAAACGCGACGCCUGACAAAAUUUCUGCUCAAAACGUUGUGCUGCAUUGCACAAAUAGAAAACAAUGUAAUCAAACUGAUUUAGCUAAUGUUCGCUUGCAUUGCAUGCCGUUAGGACACGGUGUAACACUUACUCGGGGGUAUUCCAAGAACGCAGAUUAGUGACAAGCCUGGAUUAGUAAACUCAGAGUAAGUGGUAAUCCUCCAAUAGAGGGGUCCCCUGACUUCAUCCCCUGCAAAACAAAAUCAUAGAGCUCCUCUAUUAGGAUAAAUACUGCUUUCUCUGAGUUAUUGUAAUUUUCCCUGAGGUUUAUACAUUGGUUUUGCAAAAAUGUUUCAGCUAUGAGGUUAAUACACAUGGUGGGCUAUACAUGGGAAUGCAUUUAUUUUCUUCAUUCUUCUUUAUGAUUAAAGCAAAAUCUGAUCCCAAUUCAUUGGGGUAUUAGCCACUGCAUUUAAUACAUGGGUGCAGUUAAUACAUUUGUUUUUUUAAUUAGCAUAAAACACUGUCCUGCGGUUUAUAGACAAUGUGGCUAAUACACAGGAAAUUACUGUAACCAGGCUUGAUUCUAAUCUACAUUCUUGAAAUAGGAAAGCUUUGCUUAGGUCAACUCCUGAACAGUAGGUGGGUUUACAUGGACAGUUUUUUUGUCAUUCCGAUUAAACUAUUCCGAAAAUACAGCAGGCAAUCCAAUUGACCGUAUACUGUUCAAUCGGAAUAGCAACGCAAUAUACCACCUCUUUCAAUUCUACUCAGAUCAGGCAUUUUUAUUCCGAUUAAGGUGUUUAUAUGAGAAUUUCUAUUCCGAUUGAGCCGCUAUUCCGUUUCUAAUCAGAUUAAGUGUCCAUGUAAACGUAACUAGUCCUUUCCUGCCAAGAUUUUCCUGGCACAGGAUAGUAAAAACAGUGCUGUACUUCUACCAUCCUAACCUAGAGAAAGUCUUGGGUAUCUUUAUUGGAUAGUGGUGAACAUGCUUUUGGGGGAUGGCGAAGGGAACUUUUCAGUGCCCUCCAACUGACUCCAAGGUCAUCUCCAGGCACAUUGUCCCCAAAAGCACUGCUGUAUGGAGAGACUGACCGCCUCGAGCAUGGUACAGGUCUCUUAUGUCGAUGUGGUUAUAGCAUAGUAAGGCUUCUAAUGGAGUUUGGAGAAGAGUUUUGUCAUCUGUAGAGAGAGAGAGAGAGAUCUCUUUAGCCUUUUCAGCUCUCUUUACUGUUCAGUAAUCAAAACUGAUUCCACUGACCUGAUCGGCUAACAUGAGUAUGGUUGUGUUUUUUUACAUAAAAUAAAAAAAAUGGGAAAACGUA